AUGUUUCUUCACGGCAGAGACCUUAGCGUUCUAGUGUUGAUUAGAACUAUUAGAAGAUUUACAAAGGAGAAGGUACAAAUGGCUUCUGAAGUUUCAAGCAUGCUACGGAAUCAAGUUGCUGAAAGGGCUUUUGCUAAGGAAGAAGCCAGCAUAUUACAGGCAGAACUAGAUUUACGGACACGAAGAUUGGAGACAGAAAAGAAUGAGUUACAAUCAGUAAUGGAAAAGGAGUUGGAUAGAAGAUCCAGCGAUUGGUCUCUAAAACUUGAGAAAUACCAAAUUGAAGAACAUAGACUCCGUGAAAGGGCGAGGGAGCUUGCAGAGCAGAAUGUCUCUCUACAAAGGGAAGUCUCUUCAUUUAAUGAGAAGGAAGUAGAUAAUAGAAUCAAGAUGUCAUUUUCGAACAAAUACCUUGAAGAUUUGUCUAAGAGACUAGAGCAAGAAAACUACCAGAAAAAGGUUAAAGAGCUUAAAUCGGAGACUUUGCUGGCAACUGUGCUAAGGGAGAAGCUCUAUUCCGAGGAGAUGGACAUAAAGAAACUUCAGGCUGAUCUAGCCGCAACAGUUAGAGGUAACGACAUUCUCAAAUAUGAAGUGGAAAAUGCGUUGGACGCUCUUUCUUGUGCCACACCCAAGUUGAAAUAUCUCGAGCUUCAG